AGCCGGCGCGCGCGUCAUUCGGCGGGAGACCGCGGACGCGCCAACACCAUGGAGGCCGCGUGGACCGCGCUCGUCCUCCUCAUACCCCUCGCCGCCGCGGAGAUCCUCACCCCCCCGUACUUCAACCUGGCUCUCGGCAAGAGGAUCACCGCCACAGCCACCUGCGGAGACGAGGGCCGGGAACUCUACUGCAAGCUGGUCGGCGCUAACGCGGACCACGAUGAACCAAUCAACGUCAUUCAGGGACAGAUCUGUGACUACUGCGACGCCGAGGUGGACUCCCAGAAACACCCCCCCGAAUAUGCCGUGGACGACAUGGAAACCUGGUGGCAGAGCCCCCCCCUGUCGCGCGGGAUGAAGUACAACGAGGUCAACGUCACCAUCGACUUGGGACAGGAGUUCCACGUGGCGUACGUGUUCGUGAGGAUGGGCAACUCGCCGCGGCCCGGCCUCUGGGCGCUCGAGAAGUCCACCGACUAUGGGAAAACUUUCAAACCCUGGCAAUACUUUUCUGACUCACCACAAGACUGCGAGCGCUACUUCGGCAAGGAGAGCAUCCAGCCCAUCACCAGAGACGACUCUGUCAUCUGCAGCACCGAAUACUCCAAGAUUGUGCCGCUCGAGGGCGGAGAGAUCCCGAUCUCCCUGCUGAACUACCGUCCGUCGUCCAACAAGUACUUCAACUCUUCGGUUCUGCAAGAGUGGACUCGAGCUACCAACGUGCGGCUGCGCUUGCUAAGGACCAAGAAUCUGCUGGGGCACCUCAUGAGCGUCGCGAGGCAGGAUCCCACUGUUACACGGCGGUACUUCUACAGCAUAAAAGACAUCGAGAUCGGAGGACGGUGCAUGUGCAACGGUCACGCUGACAACUGCGACCCGAGUGACACAACCAACAUCCUGGUCUGCCGCUGCCACCACAACACCUGCGGGCCCCAGUGUGCCGAGUGCUGCCCUGGCUUUGAACAGAAGAAGUGGAGAAUCUCACAAAACUGGGAUCGAUUUGAUUGUGAACCUUGCAAUUGCCACAACCAUUCAACUGAGUGCGUUUACGACCCCGAAAUCGACGCGAAUGGUUUAUCCCUCGAUAUUCACGGAAACUACGAAGGAGGUGGUGUCUGCCAGAACUGCCAACACAACACCGAAGGCAUCAACUGUAAUAAAUGCAAACCUACUUUUUACCGGCCUUACGGCAAACAAUGGGGAGAACUAGACGUUUGCGCUCCUUGUGAAUGUGACCCACACUUUUCCACUGGAAACUGUGCGGAGGAGACUGGUCAGUGCGAAUGCCGAGUGGAAUUCAACCCACCAAACUGUGACUCUUGCGCAUACGGCUACUUCGACUACCCUGACUGCAAGCCCUGCACCUGCAACCUGAAUGGCACUGAGGGCUCGCACUGCACGCCCAUUGGUGGAUUGUGUCCUUGCAAAUUCAACUACGCCGGCAAGUCGUGUGAGAUUUGUGCUGAUGGCUACUAUUCUUCGGAGUGCAAAAGCUGUGAAUGCAACACGGUGGGCUCGGUGUCCACGGUGUGCGACAAGGACAGCGGCAACUGCACCUGUCGCAGCAAGUAUGCGGGCCGCACCUGCAACCAGUGCGAGGCCGGCUACUACAACUACCCAACAUGCUCACAUUGCAACUGUGACACAAGUGGCACCCUCCCGAACAUCUGUGAUGACGUCACCGGACAGUGCAUCUGCAAGGAAGGCUUUGGAGGCGCCCGCUGCGACCAGUGCAUAUCUGGCUACUACAUGGAGGUCCGCGGUCGCGAGCGAGUCUGCGUCUCUUGCAACUGUUCAGCCAAGGGUUCCACCUCGACCAGCUGCUCUGCUGACGGGAAAUGCAACUGUCUCUCCAACUUCGGGGGCAAGCAGUGCGACCAGUGCUCGCCGGGGUACUAUAAGUACCCGGACUGUUUGCCAUGCUACUGCGACGUAUCCGGCUCAAUCGGCUCUACCUGCGACGACAACGGCGACUGCCACUGCCGUCCCAACUUCGACGGCAACAAGUGUGACCACUGCAAGGAACACUUCUACAACUAUCCCGCCUGCGAGGAGUGCAACUGUGACCCUAGAGGGGUCAUACCGAGCUUUGCUGGCUGCGGGUCAGUGCCGGCCGGAGAGCUGUGUCAGUGCAAGGAUCGAGUCCAGGGCCGCAUCUGCAACGACUGCAAGCCGCUCUACUGGAACCUACAGGAGUAUAAUCCUAAUGGAUGCGAAGAGUGCGACUGCCACCUAGCGGGCACACUGGGCGGGCUCGGCUCGUGCAACACUAAGAACGGACAGUGCAUCUGCAAACACAACGUGGGUGAACGCCGCUGUGACCAGUGCCAAGACGGCUACUACAGGCUCGAGACUGACAACGUGUUCGGCUGUACUGAAUGCGACUGCGACAUCGGCGGCUCAACAGACAACAAUUGCGACAAGCUGACCGGGCAGUGCCGCUGCAACUCGCGCGUGGAGGGACGCCGCUGCGACCAGCCGAUCAGGGCGCACUACUUCCCCACGCUGCACCAGUUCCAGUAUGAGGUGGAAGAAGGUCAAACUCCAUCCGGAGCAGUCAGAUACAGGAGCUCAGAAGAAGUAUUCCCUGGAUACUCCUGGAAAGGAUACGUCGUUUUCUCAUUGCUGCAGAAUGAAGUCAUAAACGAAGUGCACAUCUCCAAGUCGUCCCUAUACCGGAUGGUGCUGAAGUACGUGAACCCUCUGAAGGAUCCCGUCACGGCGUCCAUCAUCAUCACUCCGGAGAGCAUCGGCGACAUUCAGCAGAAAUUCUCGGUGCUCCUGCGUCCGACGGUGGCGCCACAACUCGUGACGGUGGCGGGCGACAAGGGCAACUCGCCCGCGCCCUUCGUCAUGAACCCCGGCAACUGGACCGUCACCAUCAAGACCACCAAGGAAGUCAUGAUUGAUUACUUCGUUCUCAUCCCAGAAGCGUACUACGAAGCCACAGUUCUCACCAAACUGGUGAACAAGCCUUGCGAGAUCGGAGACAACAAGUUGUGUCGUCACUUCGAGUACCCCAGCCUGGACGGCUUCCCCUAUGCCGAUGUCAGCGGCCUCAUGACUUCUGCUACUAGCUAUAUUGACAAUCCUCUGCAACUGAACGAGUUAAACGCAUCAGCUACGGACAUACCUCUAAUGAACGACUUGCAGCCAGAGCUCCAGUACAAGAUGGUGAUAGAGCAGAGUGGGCCCUAUGUCCUUCUAGUGCAAUACGUCACGCCUGUCAACGCGACUGCGCAGAAUGAGAUCGCCACUAACGCCACCUUUGAGAUCAGUGCUAAGGGAAUUGUGACAGUGCGGUUCCAAUCGGGCGAGGGUUCCGAAGAGGCGGGCGUGAUCAACUUCAACUCGUGUCCGUACACCGCCCCCUGCCGCCAGCUGGUUCUAGACGAGCGAGCCAACGCACGCCUGUUCCGCGUCACCGACACAAACAACGUCGUGUACUUGGACGGUGAACCAGACACGUUAGUCGGCAUAAAAUCAAUCGUGGCUGUCCCGGAGGCGGAAUGGCAAGUGGACUACAUGACGGGGCGCGCCGCCUGUCUUCGCCGCGACGGGCAGUGUGUGCCGGCUGUCUUCAGCGGCGCCGUGGACUCUAAGAAGCUGGAAGCGGAGUCCGGCGUCGGCGGCGACCGUCUCACCCGACCUCCCAUCUUGGACAACUCGACCGUGGUGGUACAAGUGACCCCCGCCGCCCCCCUCGCGCUGGAGGGGAGGGUGCCCGCGCCGCAGGACUACGUGCUGCUGCUGCACUACUACCAGCCGCACCACCCGGAGACCACCCUCCUAGUGAACGUGACAACAGCGGACGGCACAUACACUGCGCGGGCGCACGUCGCCCACUGCCCCUCCACAUCCGGAUGCCGGGCGCUGGUACAACCCCCUGGGGAGAGCCUGCCUCUGCAGCACAACUUCACACUCACGCUGCAGAGCGAGAACAAGGGCGUCUGGCUGGACUACAUUCUCGUAGUCGCGGCAGCCGACUACGUGGACUCCGUAGUCAAAGAGGCCAACAUGUUGGACUACACGCGAGAGUUCAUCAGCAAGUGCUCCAUGAACCACUACCAGGUGGCUACUACUGAUGUCGGCUUCUGCCGCGACGCAGUGUUCUCCAUAACAGCGGACUACAACAGCGGAACCCUCCGCUGUUUCUGCGACGUAGAAGGAUCCCUAGACCUGGAGUGCGACAGCUUCGGAGGCCAGUGCCGGUGCAGACCCAACGUGAUCGGUCGCACUUGCAGCGCUUGUAAAACUGGAUACUACGGCUUUCCUGACUGCAAGCCUUGCAACUGCCCGUCGACGGCCAUUUGUGAUGAUGAUGGUCUGUGCAUAUGCCCCAAGAACGUCGAAGGCGAGAACUGCGACCGCUGCAAGCCGUACACCUUCAACUUCGACGUGCAACGAGGCUGCGACGACUGCAACUGCAACCCGCUCGGGGUGCGGGGGGAGAGGCUGCAGUGCCACGCCGACAGCGGGAACUGCGAAUGCAAAGAGAACGUGAUGGGUCGCGUGUGCGACCACUGCGUGCCCGGACACUACGCGUUCCCGGACUGCUACCAGUGCCACUGCGACCUGGCGGGCACCACCGACGACGUCUGCGACCAGAACACGGCGCAGUGCUUCUGCAAGAAGUACGUCACGGGGCAGAGUUGCGACAUGUGCAAGGAAGAAUACUUCAACCUGCAGCCGGACUCGCCGGACGGCUGCACCAAGUGCCACUGCUUCGGCAAGACCACUCGAUGCUCGUCCGCCCAACUUUACUGGGCUGAGAUAUCCGGCAUGUGGAACUGGUCGCUAGUGAACAUGGAGUUCGAGCGUUCCCUAGCCGUCUACCCGCACACGACGCCGCCCAGCCUUCUCAACCACACGGUCAUCGGAGCCGACCUCGUCACCAACGACGCUGAUGAUAAGAUUGUGUACUUCGCUGCGCCCGCGCAAUAUUAUGGAAAACGUCUGACGUCAUACGGCGGGUACCUGAAGUACUCGAUAUUCUACACGACACAGAGCGGCAAUGGACACGCGAUCUCGGCCCCAGACGUCGUGCUCGGCGGCAGCAGUGGAUACAUCGUGCACAACAGCGUGGAGCAACCGCCUUCCGUUGAGAACUGGGAACAUGCAGUGCGUAUAGCCGAAAGCGACUUCACGAACGUGGAUGGCAGCGCGGUCUCCCGCGACCAGCUCAUGAACGUGCUGUUGAACCUUACCGCCAUAUACAUAAGGGCUACUUACUGGCACGAGGCUGUCACUACCAGGCUAAUAGACGUGUCUCUGGACAUCGGAGUGGAGGACUGGCAGGAAGACGCUAUCUUGGCUUCCUCCGUGGAGCAAUGCCAGUGUCCGUCGGCUUAUCGAGGUGCGUCGUGCGAGCAAUGCGCCGAAGGCCACUACCGCCUCAGCUCAGGCCCGCACGCUGGCUUCUGCGUGCCCUGCCAGUGCAACGGACACUCGGGCACCUGUGACGUCAACACCGGAGUCUGUCUUAGCUGUGAAGACAACACCAUGGGCGAACAUUGCGAACAGUGCAUCCCCGGUUACCAUGGCGACGCGACCGGCGGCACCCCUCGGGAUUGCCUCAUCUGCGCCUGUCCCAUGCCUUAUGUGUCUAACAACUUCGCAACGGGCUGUGAGCUGAGCGGCAACGGCUCGCUGAUAUCGUGCACGUGUCGUGAAGGCUACGCGGGCGCACGGUGCGAGUUCUGUGCCGCCGGCUACUACGGAGUGCCUGAGGAUAUCGGCGACUACUGCAAACCCUGCAACUGCUCCGGCAACAUCAACCUCGAGGACCCGGGCUCGUGCGACUCCAUCGACGGCUCGUGCCUCAAGUGCGUCAACAACACCGCCGGCGCCGUGUGCAACCUGUGCGCGCCCGGCUACUUCGGAGACGCCAUACUGUCCAAGAACUGCACAGCGUGCGACUGCGACGAAUACGGCACCGACCACUGCGACGGCGCGACGGGGCUAUGCCACUGCCGGCCGGGGGUCGUGGGCGCGCGCUGCGACGCCUGCCUGCCCGACCACUGGGGCGUCAGCAGCGGCCGCGGCUGCGAGCCCUGCGCCUGCGCCGCCGCCGCGCAUGACUCCCAGUGUGAUGUCAGGGACGGACACUGCAAAUGCGCCAAGGGUGUGACAGGAAGACGCUGCGAUAUGUGCGCUGCUGGAUACUGGAACUACUCAAAGGACGGCUGUGACCACUGCAACUGCAACACGGGCUACUCGGUCGGGUUCACGUGCAACGCGACCGGCCAGUGCGAGUGUCUGCCCGGCGUCGUCGGGGAGAAGUGCGACCGCUGUCCGGAACGAUGGGUGUUGAUCCCGCAAGAAGGCUGCAUGGCGUGCGAUUCAUGCACCGACGCUCUCAUCUUCUCAGUGGAAGACUUGCGAGACUUGCUGGCCAACGAGACACAGGACUUCAAGGACAAAGCGGACUCGUUCUUCACGACGCAGCGGCUGAACUACAUCUGGAACCAGACGCAGGUGCUGCGGCCGCAGCUGCAGCAGCUGCAAGCCGUGGACGCCGCGGCCGCCGCCGCCGCCGUCGCCGCUCUCGAGGGGCAGGCCAAGGCCGCCCUUAGAUCUACGGAAUUCGCAGCGACAGACAGCGAGCGUCAAAUAGUCCUAGCCGGAGAAUUAACCGAAGAUGCUGACGAGGUGCUAGCGUCCGUCAGACAAGCCCGGAGUCUGCUAGCGGACACCGUGGCACAUGUCAUAGACCUGGCCACCGGGCUCGAGCUGAGCCAGCAACCCAAGGUGGAUAGCGCCUUGACAGAGGCGAGGCAGAUCAAGGAUGAUAUCGCUGAGAAAGACCUGGAGCCCAAGAAGAUGCUGGCGCUGAGCGCGCUCACCAACUCCUCGGAGCAGCUCGAGGCCAUGAACAUCUUCGUGCAGCCCGUCAACGAACAGAGCGCCGACUUCGAGAAGCUGGUGGCAGAGAACUCGGAGCUGAAGGAGAAGUGCCUCGACAUGGGCAAGUACAUCGACCAGGCCGCGCAGACCAUCGCGCAGGCCGAGCGGCUCAACCGGAACAACAGGGCAUCAAAGUUCAACAGCAAAGUGAACUCGGUAACGGAACUGAACGGCUCAGCGAUGGAAGACUUGGUCGACGCCGCCUACUCCAUAUCCAAUGGCACGACGCUAUUCGUCGUGGCCCAACAGGCCGUAAACGACGCAUCUGCAGCCCUAGAGGCGAACGAGAAUGUCAAGAACCAGAUGGUGGAAAGGAUCGAGGCGUUGACAGCUGAUCUUCCGGAGUUGAAUGCGCUGGCGCAACAGUCGCAAGACCAUGCUGAUUCGUUGAGGAGUCGGGCGGACAGUCUCCGCCGCCUCGCCGAGCGCGAGAACAACAACACGCGUACACAACACGCGUACACGGCCGCGUCCGCCUACUCCGGCAUCGUGCAGGAGCUGCGCGGCGCUGCCGACGCCGUGGACGAGGCUGCAAGCGCCGUCGCCGCCACCAGCCCCGUCAACGAAGCCCUGCAAGAGCGUAUGGGCCCGACCAUGGAGCAGUCAGUCCAGUUCCGCGACAAGGCGGCGCAAGCUCUGAGGACGGCCGAGGACGAGCUCAGCCCCAACCUGCAAGACGCCGAGAAGAAGCUCGAUGAAGCCAAGAAACUGUUGGCCUCUGCUGACGACCUGGAUAAUGCUAUACGACUCUCCCUGCCAAGCCCGUCAGCGCAAGACCUCUCCGACGCAUCAGACAAGGCGGCGCGGGUCAAGACAGCCGUGGACAUCGUCACUCAGACCAUGGACUCCCUAGGAGACGAGCUGGCCGGCAGCAAGCAGCGUGCGCAGGCGUUGCCCAAGGUCGCCGAUGAAGCGGUUAAGAUGGCGUCCAGCGUGCGAUCGUUGUUAUCGACAAUGGAGCAGCUGGACCCGCAGAUCAAGGCGGAAUACGGCGCCGUGAAGGCCAAGCAAGACGACCUGGAGCUCAAGAGGAAGGCCGCCGACGAGAAACUGAACAAGCUCAGGGAACUCAUUGAUCAGGCGCACACGGUAGCCAACCGCAUCCAAGUCGGCGUCUCAUUCGACAGCACGUCGACACUACAACCUCGCCUGCCGGAGUCAGUCGACGAGAUGUCGACGUCGACGCGAGUGUCGGCCUUCUUCAGGACCAACAGCCGGCGCUCGCCCGCCGCCGACUCCGGGCUCAUCCUGUACCUCGGCAACCCAAGAGACACCACCCUAAGGAGGACCAAGACUGACGACUACAUGGUGGUGGACAUCCAGAACGGCUACCCGGUGCUGCAGAUGGACAUCGGCGACGGGCCGGCCAAGGUCAUCAGUGACAAGUUCGUCGCCGACGACAAGUGGUACCAGCUCAUUGUGGACAGGGUCGGUCGCAACGUGAAGCUGUCCAUCCGGGAGAGCCUGGACAACGGCUCCGAAGUGGUGCACGCCAAGGAGGCGUCGCUGCCGGGCCAGCACACCAUCUUCAACCUGCACCGGGACAAGUCGCGUCUGUACGUGGGCGGCGCGCCCUCCGCCGCGCUGCCUACCCUGCAAGAUGUGCGAUACCCGGCGUUCGAAGGUCAGAUCGAGGAGCUGAUGAUCGGAGAUACUCCCGUGGGACUGUGGAACUUCGCCAGUGCCGCCAACCUGAAGGGAGCCCGGCAGAGAGACAAGCUAAUAACCUCCCAGUCGGGCCCUCAAGAAUACCGCUUCAACGGGCGCGGGCACGUCAAAGUACCAGCCCGUCAGUACCUACAGCCAGACCGUAACCAGGUGCAGCUGUUCUUCAAGACCUACGCUCCAGACGGCUUGAUCUAUGUGGUGGGCGACCACAAACACUUCUUCUCGCUGCAGAUGCAGGGCGGGCAGGUGUUCUUGCAGGUAUCCCUCGGCAACCCUCAAGACCUCGUAAUAAUCGGCACGAACAAGACGUACAACGACGGCAAGUGGCACAAGCUGGACGCGGCGCGCGUGCAGCGAGUGUGCUCGCUGCGGCUGGACAACGAGCCGCACAUCAAGCUCGAGUCCGCCUCCGACGACGUCUACAUACCCGCUAUAGACACAAUGAACUUUGGCGGCAACAACGAGGGCAUAAUCCAGGUGGCGAGCCAGGGCUUCGACGGCUGCAUGCGGCAGAUCAGCAUCGACCGCCUCAACAUCGACCUCAGCGAGAACGUCGAGGCCAUCGGCAUGGGAUACGGCUGUCAGUUCGCAUCGCUCGUAUCGCUCAGCGGCGGCGACAGCUUCCUCCGCUUCGUGAACGUGAGCUCGGACAACCUGCAGCUCACGCUCAAGUUCCAGACGGCGGCCCCGGAUGCGCUACUCUUCGUGUACCUCAACAAGGUGCAGACCAGCAACAUGCAGGAUAGUGUGUCGCUGUCGCUCGUCAACGGUCGCCUGGUGCUGAUGUCGCAGAAGGAAGUCCUAGACACGGGGCUGGCGACGUACAACGACUCGGCGUGGCACGUGGUGAGCGUGACGCACGGCGAGCGAGCGUUGCGCCUCGUCGUCGACGACUUUGACUACUUCAGCACGGACACUGCGCCGGCGCCGCUCAACAUCCUUGACGGCGUGUUGUUCGUGGGCGGCCUGUCGCCCAACUACGUCAUCAGUGGGAAGGUGGGCUCGCGACAAGCGUUCGCUGGCUGCAUAGCGGAUGCCACCGUCAACGGAAGAGUCCUCAACUUACUGCAGCCGUAUGCCAACAAGAGUGUGGUCUUCGGACGGUGCGGCGCGUCCACGUCUAGCGGAGGGGUGUCGCCAGACGAAGCCCCGUGGGUUGUGACCGAGCGCAGUGACGUGCUGCCGACGGCGCUGCCGCCCGCGGAGGCCGCCCCGGAGCCGCCCAGCAUCGAGCCGCGAGCCCCGGCCCUCCCGCCCUCCACCACCACCACUAGAGCGCCGCCGGCGGCGGAGGCGACGUCGACGCGCGCGCCGCCGCAGCCCGAGGCCGGCUGCGCCCUGGCCCACGACCCCGCCUACGAGCUGGGCGACCCCGUGCUGGGGUACCGCUUCGGCACCCGCAACGACAGCCGCAUCGAGUACGCGCGCCUCGGCGGGCGGCAACACGACGGGUUCGACCUCACGGCCUCGUUCCGCUCCUUCGACGCUCACGGCGGCCUCGUUUUCUACGCCGCCGCCGAGAAGGCGCCGCAGCAGUUCCUCGCUCUGUAUAUGAAGGAUGGGAAGCUGGUGAUGUCGUUCAACUGCGGCGCAGAAACAGUGACGAUACGGUCGGAGCAGACCUACACGGGCACCGACUGGCACACCGUCACUCUGGUCAGGAAUGAAGGUCGGGGAAAAUUAUCAGUGGACAACCAACUGGUGGGCGAGGCGGGAGGCAAGUGCGUGGCCCCCGCCGCGCUAGCGCCCCCCUUCUACUACGGAGGACUGGCGGAACUAACUCCGGACAUACUCACUAACUUGGAGAACUUCUACCAGCCGUUCAAGGGCUGCCUGAAGCCGCUGCUGAUGAACGGGCAGGCCGUGGCGGCGGUGCGGCGGCGCGUCAGCUCCCUUCAGUGCCGGGAUAAUGUCGAGGACGGCGUCUACUUCGGCCCGUCGCCGCCUGGCACCACCAACUAUCUGAGGCUGCGCGAGAACUUCCGCGUGGGCUACGAGAUCUCCGUCUCGAUGGAGAUCAAGCCGCGCAACUCCACGGGGCUGCUGCUCAGCGUGCACGGCAAGAAGGACUUCCUGGUGCUGGAGCUGCUGGACCGCGAGCUGGUGGCCAACGUCGAGAACGGCAAGGGGCCCUUCCACGCCAGCUUCAAGCUGGGUAGCAAGCUCACGCUGUGUGACGGCAACUGGCACAAGAUUAAUGUGGUGAAGUCCCGGCACGCGGUCUCAGUGGGCGUGGACGGCAACUUCUCCGGCGCGGGGCUCGGCCAAUCAGGCUCCACCGACACCAAGUCGGCGCUGUUCAUUGGCGGACACGAGCGGCAGCUGUCGCGCGUGCGCGGGGUCAAGUCGCGCCGAGGAUUCUCCGGCUGUCUGCGCAACAUCGUCAUCAAGGAGGUGCUGGUCACGGAUAUACCGCUCAAUGCGGCGCACGGAAAUGUGCAUAUUGGCGUUUGCCCCGUUGAUUAGAUUAUUAGAUUGAUCAGGCCACUGAGCCAUUGAGAGAAGUUUAAUGUACAAUAGAACGUACUUAUUAAGUAUACAAUAAAAAGAAUACUUGCAUUUUAUACCUAAGAUUUGUAUUUUGUAGGCCAUAAUAAAUGAACGAUAUAAAAUUAUUAAAAAUGUAUUCCAGCAUAGAAAAAUAUAACGUUUUAAAUGAGAAUAUGCUUUCAACCAAAAACGUUAAGUUUAUUAUGUAAUACAUUUGUAUGGUAAGUACUACAAUUUAUAACCAAAUUCCUACUCCCUGUUUUGUUCUCAAAGUAGCGUAAAUAGAACCAAGUAAUGUUUCCAUUUUCAUAAUUUUGUAUUACAAUAUUAUUAUUGAUUAAAUACAAUAGAUAUAGUUUCAGAUUA